GUCAGUCACCGACGAGGCUUCGCCGCGCGAUUUUCGUUCUCGAGUUGGUCCGGCGACCUUGGGGCUCCAGGCGAGAGUACGCCCGCGAUCGCGGCGAACAACGGUUGUCCGUGGAUAAACACCGCAACUCGACGAGCGUACGGAACAUCAAACUGCCAGAACCGGCGCGCGAAAGUCGACGGCCCGAGGUGGCACGGGUACGAACGCGUGUCAGUGCAAAGUUACGCAGUGGCGUCGCGUCGCUCGGCCCGUUCAGUGAUUUGUUUUGACAUGUGUGUGUUCUGCCAUAUUGGAUUAUCUCAUCGUGCCUCAAGGGCUAUGCGAGCGCGAGUUUCGCAUUAAAGAGAAAAAGAGCUCUCGAGGCAGCGAUGGAUCCUACGAGCAGAGCCGCGUGGAUCAGUUAAGGCCAGGGGCGGUCGAUGCCUGAUGGCGUGGUUUGGAACGCAACGCUGGAGAAAUCCCGCUCCAGAAGGUGACGAUGUACAACGAUCGAUCGAGUUGCUGGACAAAGUGCUCUCCGAGUACGACGAGCACGAGCCAGAGGGUGAAGGCGGAGGAGACGGCGUCGACCAAGUCGGAGGAGGAGGUGGAGGUGGAGGUGGCGGUGGCGGAGGAGUCGACAGAGCUGAAGACGGAGACAGGGACGGGGACGGCGGAGGACGAAGGGGCGCCGGAGACGUUGGGGAUUGUGGAAGCAGCACCGAACCGAGUAUCGGUCUCACACCCGACGACGAGAGUCCGUCCUUAGGACACCAAUCCGAGGACGACGGUUACAUGAGCAUGAAUGGACGGAAAGCGAAAAUGGCCCUGGUAGCGCUGCGUCCGGUUCCAGAUUGUCCAGAGCCGCAGGACCCCACGGCCGGGUUGCCCGCGCAGGAAUUCCCUCCGCCGCCGGAAGAAGCCGAGAGAAUCAUUUCCACCUUGUUACCGAUGGUGUCGCCGGGUAACUCCUCGAAGAGGAGCGGCCGCUCGUCGGAUCGUCGCAACGGUCGCCAGCAGUGGAUGAUCGCCAUGGAAGAUAGUAUACGAGAGGGGACCGGUAGCGCGGUUACCACGCAAACCACGCUUCCAAAAACGCGCCACCAAAGACCAUACGGCUGGAAGAACGGUAAUCCGGAGCCCGUGAAGCUGACCAGCGGACUAGCGCCCAGUCCGCCGAGCAAAUUCGCCAGCCUGCCGUUCGACGGCAAGGUGUCCUUCGGCUGGAUCCCACCGAGGACCAAUCCGAUGGUGUCGGACAGGCACCGCGAGGUGCGUCGUCGCUCUUCGGAAGAGGACGAGGAGGAAGAGGAAGAGGACGACGAAGAAGAAGACGAAGAAGAGGAGGAAGUCGAAGAGGAAGAAGAAGAGGAGGAGGAAGGCCGGUUCAACAGAUUGGACAGGGAAGCCAGGAACCAUCGCCAGAGCUUCGACGAGAAAGACCGCCCGUCGAUCCUGCGCCAGCAGCGGCAGCACGAGAUGAUGAAGUCCAGCAGCGUGGAGGACCGGCUGCUGAUGAACCACGACCGCAGGGUGGACCAGGGGCGCGACAGAAGAAGAAACGACUCUGACUCCAGCGAAGGCCGAUUCUCGAGAAACUCGGAGUCCGAGAGGUCGUCCAUCCCGCGGUCCAGUUCGGUCAGCGUCGAGAGGUUCUCCAUGCGAGCCAUCUGCGACUCGUCCGACUUCUCCAGAGCUAACUCCACCUCGAACUCGAACGAGAGAUUCCACUCGGACUUCUCGAUAGCCGUGGCCAGCGCAGGGUCCAACGACCGUGUCUCCGUGCCAACCUCCGACCCCUUCUCCAUCCGCAACCUGGACUUCGUCUCGUUCUCCCUGCCGACUAGGGCCGACUCCAGCGAGAGAUUCUCCGCGCCGACCUCGGACAGGUGUUCGGAGGAACGGUACUCCGACAUGUUCUCCACUAGGAACUCGGAUUUCUCCACGCGCAACUCGACUGACUUUAGAACGCAGUCCGAGGAGGAACGGUUCUCGGAUGACUCGCUGGAGGAGGCUCUGCCUCCGCCUCCUCCGCCACCUCCUCUGCCCAUAGGCAAGAGACACUCGAUCGCUUGGGAAGUGUCGCUGGAGGACGAUCCUUUGUACGCGCCGGGUAGCACCAAGGUGAUCGGCAGGAGGCGACGCAAGAGCAGCGAUAUGUCCAGCGCCGGAUCCGUGUCCAAGCUGCGCGAUUUUGACGACUGGCAGGAUCAGCGGCUCUCGACGACGGACGACGACUUGAUUUCCCCGUACUCGGACUCGUCGACGAACGAGCUCGACCAGAUUCGGCCGCGGGACCUGACCAAGAACGGCACCUACGUGAUACGCCGCGGCCGAAAGAAGGAACGAAAGGGUUUGCCGAAAGCGCCCACCAAAACCAGGAGCUUGUCCUUCGAGAACGGUGAGGAGACGCGGUUGUCGGACGCGAAACGAUACUCGAGCACCUUCGACAACAUCAGAAGCUUGCUGAGGGAGGGCAAAGUAGAGCCACCGCCACCAUCACAGUUGCCAUCUAACGGACAGUCAGACUUUCCGUCGGCAAUCCCGCCAGACCUGGUCAGAGGCGUCUCUCUGCCAGCCAUCAACGACGAAGUUGGUACACGUGGACAGUUAGAGGUAACUGUGGAGGAGGAAGAGACGUCGGACUUCUCUGACAAGGACAAGACGCGAGACAGAGUCCAGCUGGCUUCUAGAUUGUCGCCUUCCCUCGAGUCCCAGCGUCGCGCGAAGAUCGAGCAGAGCGAGUCCACGAACAGAGUCUUCAUCUCGACGUCGAAGAGCUGCUCGAACAACAGCUGGGGUGGCAGCAACGAUCGAGGGAGGAUAGGCACCUCGAACGCGAUCGAGGAACUGCCGAUGGGCGGCUCGAGAAAGUCGCCUAGCGCCGCUCGUGCUGAUCAUAGGUUGGCCUCUAAAAUCCCGGUGAAUCUGCUGAUCGAGGAGCAGAUCGUGAAAAAGGCCUUAAAGGAGAACCGCCGGCAGCUGGAGAAAGUCAGCGACGCUAUCAAGGAGAUCGAGAGCGUGAAGAAUAGUGAGUCCUACUCGGAGAGCAAGCGAUGGAAGAACGCUGUUGGGGACUCGAAGUCUCUGUCGUUGUCGACCAACAAGAGGAACAGCCUCGAGAUCGAACCGAAAGCGAUCGACGGCCUAACGGAGGCUCGCGGCAGGAAGCGACACGACUCGGACAUCGAGUCCGAUAAUUCGAAGAGCGGCGGCGGGCCCGAGGUGGACUUCGACGGGAGCAGAACGAACGGAGCGGAUAUAGAGGGAGUGAUCUACAGCUCGGAGAGGAGGUCGCGGCAGAAUGGCGUUGUGGAGAGCCACAAAAAUGACCAGAAACAAAUUGAGAAUGUUAUCGACGCGAUACUCGAGGAUUCGAAGAAUCCGGAGUUUCAGGUGAACGUCGAGGUCCUCGAAUUUCCUCCGUUGCCACCUUCGCCGGUAGAGGAGGCGGACGAGGAGAAUUCGGACAUAGGGCAGAGCGGCGGUGCGGUCGCGCCUAGACCCAAGGCUCACAGCAGCAACCGAACGAUGGAGUACAGACCCAGGGUGCCGCCGCAUCGCGGGCCAUCGGCCUGUAUCGCCAGCGACUCAAAAGACCAUCAAUCUUCCUUGAACACCAGAUCCAUGGACGCCGGAUACUCUCGCGGUAGACGCACGCCCGGGACUGCCACCAGUUCCAGGCGAGAGCAAAUACCUGCAGAGCGACGGACUCUACCCACGGAUUUACCCGGGCCGUCUCGCCGGCGGCCAUUGACCAAGCGGCACUCGCCGUUGACGGAGCCCUGCUCGAGCUCCUCCGGCAGCGGCAGCAACGGCAACGGCAACGGCAACGGAAACGGUAACGGCAAUGGCAACGGCGGCGUCGCCGGCGGCGCGGCCAAUGGAAUAGGAGGCUCCGUCUGCGGCACCACCGGCGCGACCAGCGGUAACGUUUCGGCAGGUUCCGGAAUGCAGACGUCCUGCUCGCUGCCGGAGACACCGGUGUUCACCAGAGGCAGCGACAUACCGAGGACGCCCCAGCACGCGAGCAACCCGACGCAAACGCGCCGGCAACCUGGUUGGUACGCUCCGACCACGUCUACCACUGGGUAUCGGAGAAACAAUCCGGGUUUGGAACAGGCGAUCAUCGGCACGGAGCUGCUGCGGCUGGCCGGCGGGCCGAAUCGCGGUUGGUAUCCGACGAGGAAGGCGAAUCAGCCGCGGCCGGCAUCGAUCGAGCACCUAGAGAGGUUAAACAACGCGUUCGACGCUCGGCUGACCGGACCCGGCGAUCAAAGGAAACCCCUGACUCUGCCCACGAACAUCACACCGAACAAAUACUUCGGCCAAAGUAAGCACAGCUCCUCCUCCAGCACUCGCGAGGCGCUACGGAGGGUCACUAGCUUGCUCAUCAAGAAAGGAAACGGAAGCAACAAGGACGGCAAGGGCGCGAAGGAUGCGUCGACUUCGUGCGGAGGUCCCUACGCCGCGGCCGAGUGCAGCGACGCGCCGAAGAAGAAAGGGUUCUUCAAGGGUUUCUGGAAGAGGUCGCGGCAUUACUCGCUGGAAAACCAAUAGCCCAGGUGCGGCAGGUUGACGGGCCAGCAACGGCACAGGCACGUGUCGAGGCAACAGCAGCACUCUUACCGGCAGCAACGCGUCGCCACCGACACCCUGGCGAACAGUCCUUGCUGCUGCGUCGUCCAGUAGCGAAUCUCGAUCGAAUCCCGGAGGACAACGCCGGUCUCCCUCCUCGCGCGGUUCCAUCGACCCAUCAGGAUCAACUUGCGAUGGCGACAGCGACGAUCCCUGCGACUGCGACCACUCCGACUUCGAGAUCGUGCGUCCGUCACACCGACACCGAGACCCGAACCUCUAGACCCAGAGUUCGAGGGAACGUGUACCACUUUUUGCCACGGGUAAAUCCACUUUUCCGUAAGCCUUUCAGUUUCGACCGACUGUACCUAUCAUCAGUUUCUUCUAUCGCGUUUAGCCUCGGCUUCCGUUUCUUUUCCCGCGACCAGGAAACGACUAGCAGUAUUCCGAAGGCCAUCGUACACGUUGAAACCUGCGGAGAUAGGUUUGAGUCUCCCAAAGUUUCACGAUACAUGAUGCACUCGAACAGAAAGUGAAAAAUCCUCGAACCUUUCACUUGUAACGAUGGGUUCGAGUUUUUCAAAGUGUCUUGGUACAUGUUGUGCUCAAACAGAAAGCGAAAAAUACUCGAACCCAUCACUUGUAACGAUGGGUUUGAGUUUUUCGAAGUUUCAUGAUACGUGAUGCACUCGAACGGGAAGUGAAAAGUACUGGAACCCAUCGCUUGUAGCGAUGGGUUUGAAACUUUCAGAGUCUCAUGGUACAUAUUGCACUCAAACAAAAAGGUUGAAACCCAUUGUAGGUAGCGAUGAGUUUGAGUCUUCCAAAGUUUUAUGAUACAUGUUGCACUUGAACAAAAAGUGAAAAAGGCUCAAACCCAUCGCUUGUAGCGAUGCCUGCAUCAACGCAUGUUUCAGCGUGUAUGGAGGACCUUAAGGGGUUGCUUUCGAAAAGUAAGUUACACUCAGAUGAGGAAGGGUGGAAUAUUUAAUGUUUCAGGAUGUUCUUUUUUACCUGAAUUUAAUUUGCAGAAUAUUCUUCUAGGCGAUCCUCAUUUUUUCUUGGUUAAUAUAUUUUAUAUAUAAUUACAUAAUUUCUGUAUAUGCAUAAUCUCUUGGAUAUAGCUUUAGAUCUUGUAUGUCUUCGCUGAAAGUUUCAGUUUGAAAUGGUUCGUUGUUAUAUUGUUUUUUUCAAGGUUUUGUUCUAUUUAUUGGGAAAUAUCGAAAUUGCGAGAUUUAUUAAUUAAAUAGAUUCUCCUAGGGAGAAUGUUGUUAUUUGAUAUAGAAGUUGAAUUGUUUAUGAAUUGGAAGACUUUGAUGUUAAUGGACUCGAUAUUUUAUUGACAGAAUAUAAUUCAAUCACGACGAUCUGUCAUAUCUAAAAUAAAAAAUUACAAGCAAGUAAUUUAAUUAUUCAAAUAACAGAUCAAUUUAUAGUUUUCUUCUUUCCUAGUGUUCUAGUGUUUUACACAUAAUCUUCUUAGGCAAAUUGUUUGUAACGUUUCAAAAAAUCAUCCUUAAAUAGUUUACCAUAGAAUGAAAGACAAAUGCAACAUCAAGAAUAUGAUUUCUGUCGACAACACUCUCCUCAUUUUCUCUUAUUUUCUUUACAAUCAACUUACAAAAAUCAAUAUUUAUCUAAUUUAUAAACAAACAAAACUUUCGAUAAAAUUUGAAUGAAGUUGCUUUUGGAACAUUUACAUAAUCAUUACUAAAAUCAUUAUUUGAGCCCCUCAAUGAGCAAAUCGAUAACUCCACAAGACAAAAAGUAGAGAAAAGUGAUGCAACAGUUAUAUAUUAAUUGUUAAAAUUUCUCUUUAACUGCAAAAUCAAAUAAUCAUUGUAGAAUACAUUUUACUUUACUAUUACAGAUGUAGUUUAGAUCUAUGAAACAUUUAAAAUGCAUAAAGUAAUUUAUUCUUGAAGUAAUUUUUAUUAUCAUUGCAAUUUUUACACGGCCUAAAAGACUUUUCAUUAUUUCAUGGUACCACACCCUGUUCUAAUUUUUAUUUCAAAUACAUAAACUUAAGAACCAAUAAAACGCUUUAGUGAUAAAAUUUUUAAAACUCAAAAACUGGAAUUAAUCGAUUCAGCCAGAACUCUAAUUUCAAAAUUAACACUAAAACUACCAAGCAGUUAAAUUGAUCACAAAAUUCCUCUAUAAAAACUCCAGGAAUGCCUCUAUCGAGACUGCAAUCGAUUCACAAUUCAUUAUACGUAUUCCUAAAUCAAUUUCUCUAACAAUUUCUCACAUCAAAACAUCUGUUAUCUUUUCAAUAAUUGCAAAAUGAAGAAAUCAGGAAUAAGUCAUUUUGUCUGGUAGUUUCAGUGUUAAAUAUAACCCCUUCCAUACGACGACUGAGACUCAUGAUGAAGAUUUCUGGAUCAAUUUACCAAAACUCAAUGUUGUUCAUCUCCCACGAAUCAAAGCAAAAAUCUAUUUUGCUAUUAUUAAUGUAUUAUCUUCAAAUGAAAUUUCCACUUGAAGUAGAACAGAAAAUUUUGUUACAUUUCUUCAAACUGUCGAUAGUAGCUACACGUGUUCAAUAACGAAAGUAAAUAAUACGCCAAAGGGUUAAUUAUUAGAUAUUUGAAAAAAUCUUGGAAAUAAAUAAUAACAGGCGAUAAGUUCCAAGCAAGUGUAACUUACUUUUCGAAGGUCCCCAGUAAAUACACGCGUCAUCGAUGGGAUCGAACGGUCCGUUCGCACAACUAGACACUAGCCGUGAUAGAGGCUCGCUCUUCCAGGCUGCGCGCGAGUGCUGAAACGGUUAGGUCUCGAGCUAACCGUACGACGUUUCAACUGCGUUCGCUUUCCCAGAUAAUCGCGUUCGAAAUAAGGUCGACCGGUUGAUUCGCAGUGCCAGGAAAACGCACCGACACCACCCCUGCCUCGUCGCGUUCGAGGCAGCACCUUUCUCUUUCGUUCUCAUCUUCCGUUCUACCGUUUUCCGUUUUUCUUUUCUUUUCACACGCUACACGAAGAGAUUCUAGGUAAUCGUUUGCUUUCAGAGGCACUACGUUGGAUGACCUUGACCUUAACACUUUUUGUCGAGGACAUUACUCUGAAUUGCUUUUCCUAGUAACUUCUGUUUACUCGUUCUAGUGACUGGUGGUCUGUUAUGGUUUUCGAGGUAUUUGUAAAUAAGUGAUUUUGCUGGUAUAUGUCAUUUCUUCGACAUUCGUGGAAAAAUCUCUCGUGGUCUGUAUAGUUUUUGAGAUAUUUGUAAAGAAAUGGUUUUGGUGGUUUCUCGUGAGUAUUUGUGAAAAAUGGUUCUGGCGGUAUAUGUAAUCUUUUACGUUUUGGUGGUUUCUUGUGAUUUUUGAAGUAUUGUGAAAACGUUUCUGGCGGUCUGCAUAGUUUUUGAGGUAUUUGUAAAAAAUGGUUUUGGUGGUAUACGUAAUCUUUUAGAUAUUCGUGGAAAAAUGUCUCGUGGUCUGUAUAGUUUUUGAGAUAUUUGUAAAGAAAUGGUUUCGGUGGUUUCUUGUAAUUUUUUAGGUAUUUGUAAAAAAUGAUUCUGGUGGUCUGUAUAGAUUUUGAGGUAUUUGUAAAAAAUGGUUUUGAUGGUCUAUAUAGUACUUGAGAUAUUUGUAGAGAACGUUCCAGAAUUUUGGUAAGAAGAAGGAGCGUGGUUUAAUAAUAAAAUAAGAAAUAUAAAAAAACGAAGUGGAAACAUUAUUGAGUGCUAUCCACACGUGUGAAACGCAAGUAUCAUUAAAUUUGCCAGUUGGCUAAAGAGCCAGUUGUAAAUGUAACGUAGAGGAAAAGAAAGGAAAAUAGAAAUUUUGGUAAUUGAAGAUGUUUUUGGAAAAAGGAUCUAUGGAUUCGUGAGGUCCUCCUUUGAUAAAUCGUGUAAUUGUAAGUUAAUCAACUAUCAUACGUUUAAGAAUAUUUUUGUAAAAUUUCAUUUUUAUGACCUACGUAAUUAAUGAUUCAAACAUAUCAAUCUAGUGAGGAAGCUAAAACUAACAUUUCUAACGUGAUUUAUUCGAUUCGUCAUUUCAUUUUAAACAUUCUUAAUUACUUCCAAUCAGUAUACCCUACCGAGUUCGAUGACCUUGGAAUAUAUUUUCAAGGACACAAAUGCAAAUCACUAAAAAAUAUAUUCAAUAUUACAUGCAGAUUAUAAAAAGAUUAUAAACUGUGUUUAGCAUUUGUUAUUAAUAAUAAAUUGAAUAAUUAAGCCGUUCAUUGAUUGCAUUAGUUAACAGCACAAAACAAACGGUCCAGAAAAAUAAUGUAAUGUACACAUCGAUUUUUCAAAUUUUCCUUUACAUGCAAAAUCGAAUGCAUCGAAUAACAUAUCCUUGAAAUAAUCUUCAUUAUUAUUACAAUCUCUGUAUGAAAGGAAUUCUUAUUUUCUCCUUGCACCAAACCCAAUAACAAAUGCAUAUUAAACAUUAAAUUGAAUGUCGAUUGAACCCUUUGGCAACAAAUUCAAACAAGUUCAAAAAGGUGAGAACCUGAUCAACCAGAUUAACCAGUUUAUUCAACAGCCGUAUCAACCAUCAAUUAUACUCACUCUCUAUCUAUUAACAAAUCCAAGUACUCGUCAAACGUAACCUCACUUCAACCUAAUCGUAACCCACAACUAGAAAGAAUACAUAACGCGCUAAAAAUAUUUCCACGAACAUCCACGAGUAUCUCGAAAACUAUAAUAGACCACCGAUUAGGUCUAUUAGGUUAUCAGGAAGAGUAACUCAGAACCGUGACCUUGACUAUACGGAUCAAGGUUAAGGUCAGCGCCGCGACGUGUCCCUGAAAGUAAAUAUUUACCGAUUCCAGAUAACGAAGUAUUAAUUAUCUCGUAUCCGAUACAGUCCGUAUAUUUUAUAACGUCGUCGACGUUGUGCGUAGACGAUGCGACGACGACGAACGGAUCCGUUCGUCGUAUCGCAGCCAAACACACACAAAAACAAAGCCACA